AUGGAGGUAUUGAGGUUCAGCUGGAUGGACAACGCACGGCCGAUGCGGCCUUGGGGAUACUUCGUGAGGACAGAGAUCAUCCGCAGUCCAUUUGAAGACACUCCUGAACGACGAAAUACAGACAGAACUCUAGCUGAAAGAUCCGACAUCGAGUGCGAGGCAGAUAAGAAAACAAUAGAAUCAUCCACGACAAAGGAAGUAACAAUGCCACAAACGAAGUCACGGCGUACGCAGCGUACGAGAACAAUGGUUCCGCACGGCCCUCACAACUUUUACUCCUCCAAUCAGUCAGAAAUCCAGCUCCAAACGACACUUGCCUCCACGGGACGAGACCUUCCGUAUUGGAAUCCUACGUAUUUGGCACUGAGAGGCCUUGCAAGAGACGGAAACACGGCGAAGUGGAUCAAAAACUGCCACACCACGCCAUUAAUCAGGCACUCAUCAAGAGGAGGAAGAUCAGGAGACACAACGGCAGCGGAGUUGACGGACGAGAGUCGAAUACUGGAUGGUCACCUCGUCUGUGUUCUCAUCGUCUGGGUGUGGGACACCUCCUUCUCCGGCCCCCUGCAGCCGCUUGCUCUCUCGCUUGCCUUUCGCCUCCUUCUCGGACAGAUGCCUCCACAAGGCAGUGGACUCACGUCCAGUCAUCCGCAAGUGGCCAUCCGCCUCGCUCUCUUCAUCUGGUCUGCAAAAGCUGAGAAGAAGGUUGCCCGAUUCGAUUUUGGUCUUGCUGCGGAGUCAGGAGGACCAUCAUGCUCGCCAAACCGAUGGCUGCUGGUCCCCAUUCGUGAGCAGACCCAUUACGAGCACCAGCAAACCCUCCCUGCAACUUUCUUCCCGGAUUCACGUUUUCAUGGUCUUGCGAUGGAAGAUGAAGAAGAAGUACAGGAAGGUGAAGAGGUUCCGGCACUUGCUGUGAACGGCGGCAUGGAAGAGGCAACAGGAGGUGCAGCCGGGUUAGGAGAAGCACGAGGAGGGAGAAGCUUAGAGCACCGAGUACAUUUGGAUGGAUACCAAUGGCAGCGGACGAUGGGUUUGAAAAGACGGCUGGAGAGGAGGAAGACGGCCAUCCCACUUCGUAAUUGA